GUUUGGUUCGUGCUGUAGCAAGGGAUCUGUAUCAGCAACAUGCAGACAUAGAAAUGUUUAAAAAGUCCACAGAAAAAAUAGCAGGUGGGAAACUACAGGAACAUGUUGUAUUUAAAGUGACUUUGGCCGCCAGCAAACGUACCUCUGUCGUGACGAGAAUGGACGUUAACCGAUUCAAUCCUUGCACUUCUAAUUUGUUACAAAUAAGUCAAGAUCAGUUCUGUACCGCCCUGCCUUAUCACAUUGUGUUUGACCAAAACCUUCAUAUCAUUCAAUGUGGUACUAUGAUACAACGGUUCGUACACAGUCGUAUUAAACCUGGUAUUAUGGUCAGCGCUUUAUUUGAUGUCAUUCACCCUCACAUGAACUUCACCAUUGAAAAUAUACGCAUGUUCAUCAACGCUGUAUUCAUGCUGGAAGUAAAACAGUCGGCCAGGGAAAAUUGCAAACUUGUUUUAAAAGGUCAGAUGCUCUGGCUAGACGAUGUCUCACACAUGCUGUUCCUUUGUUCUCCACGACUUACCAGCCUUACAGAACUCGUAGAGAUGAACGUCUUUAUGUCCGAUAUCCCUAUCUAUGACGUCACACGAGAACUGGUUCUGCUUAACCAACAACGUAUAGCAGAAAUUGAUGUUGCGAAGAAGCUAGAUGAAACUACAGCAGAGUUGAAGAAAACGUCAGAAGCGCUGGAACACGAGAAGAAAAAAACCGAAACGUUAUUGUACCAAAUGCUUCCAGAAAAGGUGGCCAUCGAGCUCAAAAACGGCAAAACGGUUAAAGCAGAGAAGUUUGCCUCCGUGACCAUCCUGUUCAGUGAUAUUGUGACAUUCACUAACAUAGCGGCGGCUAGUACACCUCUUCAGAUUGUCAGCAUGCUGAACAAUCUGUACCAACGCUUUGAUCAAUCCACCAACAAACACGAUGUAUACAAGGUGGAGACAAUUGGAGAUGCAUACAUGAUUGUAAGUGGUGUCCCAGAGGUGAACAAAAACCACGCUGUGGAGGUGGCUCACUUCUCUUUAGAUAUGAUACGUGAAGCCUCCAAAGUGCACUCACCUGUAAACAACAAUCCUAUUCAGAUCCGAGUUGGGAUACACUCAGGACCUGUUGUUGCUGGGGUAGUUGGAGUCAAGAUGCCAAGAUACUGUCUGUUUGGGGACACCGUUAACACAGCGUCACGAAUGGAGAGCCACGGAGUGCCAGGCAGGAUCCACGUCAGUCCUACCUCCUACAAGAGGUUAGAAGGAGGUACAUUCCAGUUUCGUGAUAGAGGACCUAUAGAAGUCAAAGGCAAAGGAGCCAUGGAUACCUAUUUCUUACUUGGUACCAAUGAUAAUCUGAUGAAGGAACCAAGGGAUGAAUUUGCUACGCUUCCGCUCAUUAAAACAACCGAAGAUUUCUCCCCAAUAACUGGUAUGAACGGACACGACUCUACUGUUGACAAGACAGCAGAUCAGGAUAACGGACAGCAAUCUAAUCGGAAAUCGAGUUCAAAGACGUCAGCAUGGAGUAAAACCUCAACGAUUUCCAAAAACCAAAGUUUGACCUGUAUUCUCUCGUGAAACUACGGGUUACUGAUUUCAACUUAUAUAAUGUUGGUCCAUUUCAAAACAGAUUAAGGAUAGAAAAAGAAUGUACAUAACAAGACAAAAUGACAAACUUUCGCCCCUGUGAUGAAAUGAGUUCUCAUUGACGACACCCACGAGGUAAAUCUAGGUAAUUGCACGUACUCCUGGCAAGAAACAGGGACAACGUAACCAGUGGACAAACUAAUAAGCAAUAUCAAACUGUCGAAAUUCCUAUCGCACAAGGAAAUGAAAUAAUUCUACAUGAAAGCACAUUGAUAACCGCAGGACUUAGUAUUUACUAAGAAAUAUGUCCCAUAUUGCAUGAACUCACAUACCAUCUAGAAACGAAAGCUGGUUUGUUUACUUCCUGAAAUGAAAAAAAAAUCUUUGUACUCUGAAAGGUUUUUAAACAAAUCGGUGGUUGGAAGAGGGGAUGUCAUGGUAGAGCAGUUACGCACGAUAAGUAGGGGUUUAGUAAAUUAAAGGGAUCACACAGGUCGUCUGUCAGUCUCUACGGAAUUAAACGUUAGGACGAACGAUUGCUUAAUAUCCGUAUUACCAAAGAGCAGAGGGGAAAUCUUUGUUUUUUAAUUUUGGGCGUGAUCGGUAAUGGUUUGUGUAACUAAAAUUGUAUUUUGAAACAAGUAAAGUUAUGCAUUAUUAGAAAAUUUCAUGUUUGUGAAUAUCUUUUAAAGGACAUAAAAACCUUCAAUUUCUUUAAUUUAGUUGAAUUAACUGAUAGCUUAUUCAUUGAUAUAUCUCCUGUUUGAUGGCUUUCUAUAAAUAUUCGUGAUAUAUUAUCAAAACAGGGUAUCAUAUAACAAUGAUUUCAAGCACCAACAACGUGACUUUAAUGUGAAACAGCAGUUAUAACAUUAAUCUUUGUGU